GAUAAGCUUUGCCACGCAAAACCUUGACUCGUUAGAAAAAUGCAUACAGUCCUGAUUACUAGCAACGCUUGUAUACAUUUGCUUUCAACGUGAUAACUAGGUCACAGGCAGCACGAAUCGAGCUCGAAGUGAAAAUCAGUCGUAGAUUGAACGCAAUACAGUACGGUGUGGUGUUCGCUAGCUACAAGUUUUCCUAAAAAGUUGUGACGAUAAUGAAACGAACGCUAUUGAUUGUGGUGGUAUUUGUAGCACUAGGUUGCAGUACAGGAUCACCACUGCUCAAUUGGGGGAAAAAAGACGGAGAUAGCUUGCUUAGCAAAGUAUCAACAAUCAAACAAACCGUAUACGAGAAGAAACGUGAGUUCUUGAACGGUGUCAAUGAAAAAGUUUCAAAAAUGCUCUGGAUUCCACCAUGGCCAUCAUCGACAACGGAAGAAAUACCGGUCAAUGCUUUACCGCAGCAUGAUCCCGUUCCUGAAACACCUGACAUCUGGUGGUGGCAAACAACGGAACAACCUCAUGCUAGCACCACUGCUACACCGGUGUCUACGCAAACCACGAUCAGCUCCACGACGCAAUCGCCAUCAACUUCUUCUACCGUGAACUAUCUAUCGAACAAUGAUCGGCUCGUAUUUACUGUGGCCGAUACAAACGAACUCGAACUACCGAAUGUUUUCAUGUAUGCUCGAAGCAGUUUUAUCCCUCAGGAACUACGACUCACAGAUUCCACAGAGUACGUUGGACCCGUAAUGGGACGUGGUCCUCCAGUACCAGAUCAUCUAUCCGACCGGCUAGUAGUAGCGUAGUGUAAGCAAACUGUGUAUAAAUAAAUCAUUCACUUUAUUCACCGAUCUUCGGUUCGCAUUUCA